UGUUAGCAGCAGCAGCAGCAGCUAGCUCCACCUACGAAACAAGCUCCAACAUGGCAUCGGCGUCGGAGCCCGUGAGCCCCGUGGAGAGACUCAUGAAGGAUCUGUACGUGGUCGCCGCCAUCGGGCUCGCCGCGCCGCUGGACCCGUCAGCAUUUCGCGCGGGCCUGGCGGCCCAGACGGCUCGCCACCCCCACUUCUGCAGCAUCCAGGUGACGGGCAAGGACGGCGCGCCGCGGUGGGUCCCCACGGCGGUGAACGUCGACGACCACAUCGUCGUCGUCCCGAGGCUGGACGGCGCCGAGGCCGACCCGGACCGGGCCGUCGAGGACUACCUCUCCUCCCUCUCCACGCUCCCCAUGGACCCCGCCACGCGGCCGCCGCUGGAGUUCCACCUCAUCGACGUCCGGACCUCCGAGGCGGCCGCCACCGUAGCCAUGCGCGUGCACCACGCGCUCGCCGACGGCAUGGCGCUCAUCACGCUCCUCGUCUCGUCCUCCCGCAGCGCCGCCGACCCGGCGAUACCCGCGCUGCCGCCGCCCCCGCCGGCGCGCCGAGCGGGAGCCAUCUACGCUCCUGCGCCGCCGCGCUCCGGCGGGUUAAUAACAUUCCUCGUCGUGUGGGUCUGGUCGUAUCUCUUGCUCGCGUGGCACACCAUGGUCGACGUCGCUGCCUUCGUCGCCACCAUCUUCUUCCUCACGGAUCCGCCCACGCUGUUCAAGCGAGCGGACCAUGGCGGCGAGCCGCGCCGCGGCAUGCGCUUCGUCCACCGGACCUUGAGCCUUGACGACGUCAAGUUCGUCAAGAACGCCAUGAACUGUACUGUCAAUGAUGUGCUAGUUGGAGUGACUUCUGCUGCUCUAUCACGAUAUUUCUUUCGGAAAACCGGUGACACAAAGACAAGGAAAGUAGUGUUGCGAUCAAUACUCCCUGUCAACACAAGGCCAGCCACUAGCCUACAAAUGGAUGUUGAUAUGAUAGAAUCUGGUAAGAGUAAUGCUGUGAGAUGGGGAAAUCAACUGGGGUACAUCAUCCUUCCAUUUCAUCUGGCCAUGCACGAUGAUCCGCUCGAAUACGUUCGCAAGGCAAAACAGAUUAUAGAUAGGAAAAAGAGUUCACUAGAAGUGGUCAUCAUCCAUAUGGCUGUUGAAAUUAUCUACAAAAUAUUGGGCCCAAAGGCGGGAGCUUAUAUCUUCAAUAAUGUGCUCAGAAAUACAACCAUAACUUUCUCAAGCUUGAUUGGGCCACCUGAACGGAUAGAGUUAUUUGGGCAUCCAGUUGCCUACGUUGCACCCAGCGUCUAUGGGCUUCAACAAGCUCUUACCGUGCACUACCAAAGUUACAGCAACACCAUCAAAGUCAUUCUAGCAGUUGAUGAGGCACAGUUUCCAGAUUAUUGCCAACUCUUGGAUUACUUCGCUGAGUCCCUCAACCUUACCAAGGACGCGGCUGCAAAGACUUCAACAAAAUCGAUUAAGAAUGAGUAAGGAAGGAAGAAGGAACAGUUCGGUGAAUGCUCCAGCUCAAGAGCCAGAUGUAUAUGUGCUUACUGGUACUGAUAAUGUGUACCGCAUUAAUAUGUGUGAUGUUGAGUAAUUAUUAGUAAAUAUGUAAAAUCUACCGAACCAAGGAGUGCAAUGUGUCUACUCUUGUUGUUAAAUAAUGAAGUUUGCCAAGUGAAUUAUAUUGGGGUUGAUAUUUUACACAUCUA